AACGAUCGAUUGGGUCUCCGUGGUUUUAUCGAUUUAACAUCACCCAAGCGAUGGCUAGUUCACGACCACUUUUAUUCCCAACAGAUCAUCUCUUUUUUCGACGACCAACAUUUGAAAACAAAUUGCAGUAAAAAGAAAUGCAUAGGAGGACAAGGAGACCACCGGUCACCGUGUUAUCAGCCACCAGAUCAGAACCGAAUUGCAUUUUCAAUCGCCGUUAUCGUUUGAAAAUCAGACGGAAAUUAUUACGAGCCAUCGUGUUGGGAAGUGAUGACUCGAAUUGCGUCCUCGGCGAUGUCCAGUUGGCUGCCCGUUUGGAAAUGGCCCUGCUCGAUCCACUUCCACGACCGCACACCGACGUCGCCAGAAUUUGGUUACGUUACUCAUUUCACGUUGCUGAUUAUUUCCAGAGCGAGAGGAUCGCUGCCAUUCAGCCAUCUCUACUUGAACGUGUCAGCCAAUCGAAAUUCUUGAAACCGUCUGGAUGUCGUUCAGUUUGGGAAGAUUCGCUCGAGGUGGACAUUCGUAAGAGUUACAAUCGUUUUGUAAAGACGGCAGCCCUGGAUUUCAUUCUAAGCGAUGGCAGUUCUCUCAACUGGACUUGUAAACGUGACCAACCACUUCUGAUGGCCAGGAGCUGCCCCCGGCCAACCGAACGCCACCGACCCAUGAUAGCCGUGCAACGUUCACUUGGUCGCAAGCUUUGCGUUCACCAUUUUUACGGUAGCAAAUUGAUCGCUCUUUGGUACAAGUUUAUCAGGCCGAUUGACUGGCGAAAUUGUUCACGUCGAGACUACUGGGAAAUUGGCGAACUAAAAACCAACUGGGAAAAAGAAUUAUUAGCAGCCGAACAUCGGUUGGUCGACGGAUGGCAGACAAUCGUCAAAAGCAUCGCUAAAUAUGCGUUGAGGAAAAAAGUGACUUUGCCAUCAGACGGCAAUAUCAGUCUUAUUUGCCGGACACUGGAUGCCCUCGUCGGCCUGUUGCUCCAGCAAUGGCGAAAGGAAAGCAUGACCAAUUUUGGUCAGUGCUUGUAUCACGAUGGCUACUUGAAAAUCGAACAUCAGGUGAUGUUUGUCAUUCACGUGUCGAUGAAGAACGGCCAGCUGAAAUUCGAUCCGCCCGUCCAAGAUAUCAGUGAAGCCUGGGGACAAUUUUGUGAUUUGCUGUCCGUGGCCGCCUACCGGGCACUUCAGUCCAGCAGCAUCGUUUUCGACAUGAUUAAAAAUCAAAUCAACGGUCAGACCCACACUGAUCAUAUUCCUUCUAUCAAGGUGAAGACACCUUCGGAAUUUUUGGACCACAUGCGACAGGUGAUUGCAGAUGCUUUUCGAAAUGACGAAAAUAUUCUCACUGGAGCUCUGGAGAAAUUCCUCGUCUUUGCUUGUUUUUUGAAAGAAAACUCGGAUGAAUUCGAAGAUUUGGAUAAACCAGGUGUCGAUUUCGAUCUUCUUCGAGAAAGAAUCGAACAUUAUCGAGAGGUGCUCAAAAAGAUUGAAGCCGAUUUGCCAUGCACGUUGUCAGUCGGUCAGCGUUACCUGGUCCAACUGGGAGGACUCAGGUCGGCUCUGAAAAACAAAAUCGCAUCAAUAAUCGACCGACUUCUCACGCGAUUCAGCAAGAACUUUACAUCAUCAGCCACCACUAUCUGUCAAGAUUAUGCGGAAUACGCCGACAUGGCCCUGACUGUGCCGCAGACGACGGCACAGUGGAUCCACCAGCGGGAUCAAGUGUGGCGAUUGGUGGAGAUGACAUUGCCCGAGGCAGACGACCAAAUCCUCAAGAUCCUGCGUUGCUACCUGUUCAUGUGCGACCAGAUGAAAGUGAACGAAACUCAUUCGGCACUGGCGCGAGAAGUCAUCAUGUGGAAGAGACGGAUGAACGCGUCGCAAGUCGAACACGGUCGUCUGCUCAGACGGAAGAGAACCGAAUUAGAAGAGGCUCUUAAAAACAAACGGGGAAGAGUGGCGGAAAAUGUGACCGUCUACAACAACAUAAUGGAUAGCUUUCAGAAAAUGGGUGAUAUCGAAGCAUUGGGCCAGUACGUCGUCCAGGCCCGAUCACUUCUUUUCCGUCUGGAAGAAGCCAUCCGCAACGUCCAAGGCAUCAAUGAAGAGGAAGUCUAUUUCGAAUGGGAAGUCACCGAAUAUCCUACACUUGGCCAGGUCCGGGAACGUUUGACACCGUUCUUGAAUUUUUUCGAGAUGUCUUCGACUUUUCUGAACCAGCAACAGAGUUGGCUGGACAGCCGUCUGGGCUCUUUCAAUCCGGAUACGAUCGUCCGUGAAACAGAGAACUUUUCUCAGAGUUUAUCGACGGUGGAGGAACAACUGCCAGAUGUCUCUGACGUUCGCCACCUGUUGAGUCAAGUCGAAACUAAAUUGCGCGAUUUCAAUAAAGUCUUGCCGCUCAUCCGCACACUGGGCAAUCCAGCUCUAAGAGAACGACAUUGGGAGCAGAUCUGGGACACUGUCGGUGUCCGGCUCAGUUCGGAAGCGGCCACAUCGCUGCAGCAGUUACUGGCCUUGCAGCUCAACGAGCACUUGAAAAAGAUUGAAGUGAUCAGCAAUUCGGCAACGCAGGAAAUGUCAUUAGAAAACUCGUUGCUCCGAAUGAAGAAUCAAUGGCUUCACGUGAUGCUGCCCGUCGAGAAUUACAGAGUGGGCGAAGGUAAAGUGUUGGGCAAGGUGGAUACCAUCCAGCUGCUGGUCGAGGAUCACAUGAUGGAAACGCAGAUUAUGAGGAGGUCUCCUUACGUUAAACCGUUCGAAAAAGAUGCAAAGGAAUGGGAGCAGCAAUUGAAUGAUCUGCGGGUCCUCUUGGAACAUUGCGUUUUCAUCCAGGACCGUUGGUGCAGCCUGGAACCGCUGCUAACGUCGCCAGAUGUGCUCAGCAUCGCUCCCGAAGAGGCCCGCAAAUUCAGCGCCAUCGAUAAAAAUUGGAGGGAUGUGCUGGGUCUGAUUGCUCAAUGCAAACAAGUCUUUUCGCUACUCUACGCCGAACGGAUGAACGAACGUCUCAACGUCUGCAUCCAGCAGAUCCAGCAAUUAGAAAAGAACCUGCAGAAUCUGAUGGAGAACAAGCGAUUGCAAUACCCUCGAUUCUUUCUGCUGGCCGAGGACGAGUUGAAACGGCUGCUGUCGUUAUCAAGAGAUCCGCACAGGUUCGCCACUUGCCUUUGGCGACUCUACGAAGGCGUCCACAACUUGGAAUUUACAGCUGAGAACGACGUGACGCACGUCGUCUCAGCCGCAGGUGAACGUCUGCCACUGAAAGAGCCCGUCAGCUACGCAAAAUGCAAGGGUCAGCUGGACAAGUUCCUUAAUCAACUGGAAGCCGUUCUCAAACAAACGCUCAUUCAGGUGAUCACGGAGACGUUGAAAGAUUUCGACGGAACCGAUUUGAAGAUGCUUUUAUCGGCUCCAUCGCAAAUCGCCAUCUUGUCCGUCCAGGUGUACUGCACGAGUGCCAUAGACGCGGCCUUCGAAUCCGGCCGUUUACUGCAGGACGACGUGGCUGGAAAACUCGAUUCGUUUCUCACUAAUUUACAGAAACAGUUGGCCGCCUCUUCCGAUCCCGUUCAUCGUCUGACGGCCGAGUCCGUCACGCUGAUCGCCCUUUACUAUCGCGAUUUGUUGCGUGAUUUAACGUCGACGGAAGACCAAGCUGCGGCCGUCCUUGCGUGGGAGGCGUCGCUGAAAUUCCGCUGGAUCGAAAAUCAAGUCCAAAUCCACGUGCUGGACAUGCGUCUCGAGUACGGAAUGGAAUACAUCGGAUUGCCACCGCGGAUGGUCGCCUACGCCGAUGCUAAACGCAUCGCCCUGAUCAUCACCAACGCCCUGUGUCACCAUCUAGCGGGUAUUUUAGUCGGAGAACCUCGAACUGAGCUCCUGGAGAGUCUGUCGCAUUGCCUGGGCCAGCGAUUGGUCCGUUUCGAUUGUUCGGUGCGUGUCGGAGCGGGUGACAUCUUGCGGCAGAUCCGUGGCGCCACGACCUGCGGCAUUUGGUUGUGCUACCAUCGAUUGGAUGCUCUGGAAAGACCGACCAUAUCCUUCAUGACGUCCCUGUUGGUCCAGCUGCAAAAUAUGGCGUCUACCACGCCACCGUGGCUGGAACUCUCCGAAUCCGGAAUGCCUCAAUACGGAAUUUUCUGCCUGACCGAGACGGCCCAUUACCAUCACAAAUAUUUCGACGCCAAUCUCAAACGGACGACUAACCUCUCCCUUCCGGAAGUCGACGCCCUGGCCCAGAUCCUCUUUCCCGGCCCGUGGGCUGCCGUUGUCGGAUUCCUCGAUCACUGCCGGAAGCCGGAAGAUAAAGACGAACAGCAAUCGUCUGCCAUUGGAAUUCUCAAGCAAAUUUUCGCCACGUCCAGGAGGUCGAGUUUAAGCGCGGCCUUAGAUUCGUGGCAAUCGGCCAGGCUUCCGCUGGAUCAGGCGGCCGACGGUACCCAGAAAUUGACUCAGAUCAUUCCAGGUGAUCAACUUGUCAAAUCCGACUGGACCAAAGAUCCUGUGGUCAUGGCCUGUCCAGCUGCUUGCCAGACGUUGCGGCUUCACUUGACGGAGCAAAUCAAGUGGAAGUUGUCCCACCUGUCGCAAGCCUUCCAGUACGCUAGACUGCCCGUUUUACUCUACGGCCUACGUUUCAGCGGCAAGAGCGCCCUCUUACGCAUCCUGAUCGAGUCCCUACGGCUGGCCAAACCUCAACGGCCCAUCACGAUGGAAAGGAUUUGCAUCGGAGCCUACGGUGAAGAAGAUCUGAUGAGCGACAUGUCGACGUCCAUCAUCCCUCAGCUCGUCCAGCGCAGCUUGGAUCCGGACAAAGGUGAUCUGCUCAUCGUCCUCAACGGCCUCUGGAUGACGGCCGUUCAGGAUGUCCUGCUGGAAGCUCUAUCGACUGAGGGCCGUGGAAUUCUCAUCCUGCCCAGCACGGAGCAGACGAGAUUGCCCGAUCACGUCCAUUGGGUCUUUGAAAUGAACAGCAUCGAACACGUUUCCCCAGGUCACGUGGCCCAAUGCCGGCUCAUCCAUCUGAACGGGCAGAGUCAUUUGACGUGGGACAGUCUGGUCCAGUCUUGGCUGGCCACUUUGCCGCCCGUUCUCCAUUUUCUCGAUCCGCUUUUGCACGUGAUGCUGCCCGCUGUGCUGGACUACGUCGACUCAUCCGUGGACGACAAGAUGCGAACGGCCAGCGGUUUUCAUCCGAUCAAAGCUGUCAAACACCUGCUGGCCCUUGUCCGUUGUCUGACUGAUCCUAGCGCCGAAGCCUUGGCCAAAAAACAGGCCACUUUAGAUCCGGACAUGAGGUGCCAACUCCAGGCGUCCGUCAUCUUCUCCAUCCUGUGGACGUUGGCCGUUCCGGCCUACAUGGACAGCAAAUCAGCCUUCGAUGAAUUUUUCCAGCAACAGAUGGACGUCUGCGUGUUGAAUGGUCAUCUCUUUGCAUCGGCCAAACCGCCAACCGAUGGAGGCACUGCCUUUGAUUUCAAACUGAUGCUCCAAUGGGGCCAGUCAGAGGCCGGCAAAUACAACGGGCCGUUAUGGCAAUUGUGGGGCGAAGAAUUGCGCUCGUUGCCUUCACUGUCCAGGGAAAUUCCGGUCAAUGAGCUGUUCAUCGCCACGGCCGAUUCUCUGCGAUGUCAUCAUUUGAUGUCGCUUUUUAUCCAUUGCGCAAUCCCUUGCGUUCUCAUCGGUCCCCGCUCGUCCGGCAAAACGGCCACGGCCCGUCAUUACCUGCGCACGAGGCUAAAUCGAGCGACGCAUCAAGUCAUCAUCGUCAAUGUCUCGAAAUCGCUGGACGCUUCAACCGCCCAGAAAAUCCUGAUGGGUCAGAUGGAACGUCGAAGAAAGUCCGUCUACGGUCCUACGAUGGGCAAGAAAGCUGUCGUUUUCUUCGACGACAUGCAGUCGGAAACGUUGAAUUUCAGGGCGUCCAAUCGGGUGGACAUGCUGCUCAAGCAGUGCAUUCAACACGGACAGGUAUUCGAUGGUCUGGAAGGGGGUCCGUCCAAUUUAAUUGACAUCAACUUUGUGGCGACGACUCGCGUUUGGAACGAUGACGUCGUCGACGAAGACGACGAGCAAGAACGGCAACCGGACGAGAUCCUGCAAACGUUCGCUCCGGUUGUUACAGAGCCGCCCAGUUUAGAAACGGCAUCCACCAUCCUGUACCGGAUGCUCAUGUGGCACCUGGACGCCCGCGGCUUUGCCAAGGAAUUCGACGCCGUCAUCGAUCAGAUGAUCAGCGCCUCGAUGGGCCUUUAUGGCAUCCUCAUCCAAUGCCCAGUCAUGGCCGCCUAUCCGGCCCGUUGCGGUUGCCGCUGGAAUUUGCGCGACUUGAUGCGCUUCACGCACGGACUCUUGCUCUCCGUUCCAGAAUCGAUCGAAGACGUUGGCGCCAUGAAACGCCUCUGGCUUCACGAAGCCGUUCGCGUCUAUUCGGAUCGACUUGCCUUGAUGGAGCCGACGGCCCUAGUGGCCCAGUACGUGGAACAAUCGUGCCAGACCCACUUCCAGGCCACCGUUGCCGACCUGUUCGCUCAAAUGGACAUGGUGGAAUUGGCCGACAUAGCCGAUAUGAACAUCAACACGAUUUUCUUUUGCGAUUUCUCCGAUCCCAAGUCGGAAUCGAGGAGCUACGUCGAAGUCAUGGACAUGGAACAUUUGACCAGGGUCGUCAAUGGCUACGUCACCGAGUACAACAACAUGAACAAACGGCCCAUGCAUUACGUCAACGUCUUCCGCCAUUUGAUGCGCACAAUGGCCAAGGCGUCGAGGGUCCUCAAACAGCCCAGCGGCCAUUUGAUUCUCGUUGGACCCAAAGGCGUCGGCCGACACACUUUAGCCCGUCUGGCGGGCCACGCUUCCGACUCUACGGUCCACCAAUACGAGUCGAGUUGCCCCGACGCUGGCGAUAGCAAAGGAACAACCUGGAACGUCAGCGAUUGGACGAACGCUCUCAAAUUCGCCCUGAUCGACGCCGCCGAUGACGACAAGAAAUGCGUCUUUAUUUGCUCCGACGUCGAGUUCCAGCGGCCUGAAUGUCGCUCACUCGUCAAUCACAUUGUUUCGCACGGCGAUCUGAUGUACCUGUUUGACGCCAGAGAGCGAAACGAGUUGGUGGAACAAAUGAGGGCCAUCGACCUGCAAAAGGAGAAGACACUUCAGACGGACGGGAGCCCAGCAUCGUUAAAGGCAAUGUUCGAGACUCGGAUGUGGGAGCAGAUCCGCAUUGUCAUCAUCUUGUCUUGCGAACAGUACAACGACAUCAUGUUGAACGAGUGCCCUCAAAUCGCCUCCGCCUGCCAAACCGUAUGGAUCCGCCCAUGGCCGUCUGAGGCUGUUGCCGACAUAGCGUCCAGUUGUUUCAAAGAGCUCGAUCUCGAUGCCGACCAGAAAUCUUGGCUAAUGGCCGUCAUCAAAUUAGUUCACGCAUCGACCGAUGGAGGGCACCACCAUGCAGACAGCCACCAGCCCCUCUGUCAGAGGUACGGGCUGAUGAUGGAUUUCCUCCACGUCGCCGUCUCUUUGACGAGGAACUUUAAACAAGAGUUUAAAAAUCGCAAGCAAUUGUGCUGCCAAGCCGUCGAAAAGCUGCAACUGGCGGGCCAGCGCGUCUCCGAAAUGGAGGCCGUUGCCCAGCAAUGGAAAGACGCUCUGGCGGGUCUCAAAACAUGGCAAGAUUCCUCACGGCCUGAUGACAAAGUUGCGCGGACGGAACGCGAUAUCGAGCAGAUCUCUUGUCAGAUCGACAGAGCCAAAGAUUUGCUGGCCAGUUUGGACGUCUACCAACAAGCAUGGAGGCGCCAGGUGGUCAGCCUGGAAGAUCGCAUUCGUUGCUGUCAGGCGGAUUGCAGUCUGACGGCGGCCGCUUUAGUUUACGGCGCCGAAUUGAAAGAAUCUCAACGGGUGGAGAUGUUCCGCCAUUGGGUGGAGCGAUGCCGGGCAAUGACUCCGGCUGACCAGCCUAAUAUCAUCACCCUCCCGAUAGAUGGCGCUGAUUACCUGUCGCUGUUGGAGCCCCAAGUGCUCGAAGUGGAAUCGGCCUGGAUCAUGGCCAAUUUGGCCAGAGACGGCCACUGCGUCCGCAGCGCCGUGGCGUUACGUCACAUCCAGCGAGUGCCGCUCUUGAUCGAUCCGCACAACGUGGCCGAACGCUGGAUCGACACCCUCAAUGCCAACAAGGAGAAUCGACCGACUUACCUGCACAUGAGCGCGCCGGACUAUCUGGAACCGUUGGCCGGAGCGCUCCAGCUGGGCACGGUGGUCGUCAUCGACAUCACGCAAACCGAGCUCGAUCCGGCCAUUGUUCCGCUCAUUUUGAAACAGACGUUCACCCAAGCUUCUAGUAAUUACAUCAAAUUAGGUCCCGAUGUGGUCGAAUACGCUUCCGAAUUCCAGUUGUACCUGCGCACUCAAUCGACCCUGCAGGACGUCGACCUGCAACUGCGUCUCUGCGUGACGAUCGUCGAUUUGACGCUGGAACAGCCGGGCAUCAACGACACGCUGGUAUCGGCUCUGGUCAACAGCGAACGGCCCGACACGGAAGAGAAGAUCCAACUGUGCAAACAAAUGUCGGAGCUGCGUUGCCAGCUCGACGAAACGGAGCAGAGUUUGCUCAACAUCCUAUCGCAAAGCGAUCCGGAUUGGAUUGAAAACGACGCUGUCAUCACGUCCCUAUUGCCGGCCAUUACCCAGUCGAAAUUGCUCAAAGAGAAGCUGGACGUCGUGUUGCAGACUCGCGAGCGGAUGGAAACCCAGCGGCAGAGUUUCGCACCGACGGCCAUUUUGGCUGUGCAGAUUCUAUCGUCCCUCUGGCGGAUGGAGGCCCUCUUCCGGCGAUUGCGUUUUCCUUUAGCCAAUUUCUGCGACGCUGUCAUCGCUUGCCUGGAAGAUGGCGAAGGCGAUCAAGCGGAUGAAUUCGAUUCAAAUACAAGCACCGGCCGUAAGCUGGCCGCCCGUCUUUUCAGCCGCAAAUUGAAGUCGGGGCUCAACCGCGUCCAGCGACUCUUGGCAUCGCUGCUCCUAUCCUAUUGCGUGGCUAGAAGCGAAAAACUCUGCCGGGCCUCGUUCGUUCAUCACCUGGCGUCUGGACAGCUGGACCAGAUCAAUACGGCGCAUCACAAGGUCUCCAUGGAUGAUUCGCUUGUCACGUCCGAUCCUGAUUGGGACGAAUGGGUGGCCGAAGUCCAGGUGGAGGACAACCGCUGGCGUUUCGCUGCUGCAGUUGAGACGAUGUCGCAAAAAUUCUUGAAAAUUAGCCAAAAAGUGGAAUUCACCGAUUACGUGACGUCGAUAGCCGAUGUCAGUUGUGUCACGCCGCUGUUGAUGUUCGUUGAGCCGGGAGUCGACUUGUUGGCCGUUAUGUCCAGGCUUUGUCGUGAAUUCGAUUUUCCAGAAGACCGGGCCCGUUUUGCAGCCGUGGCCGGAUUGGACAGUUUGAAUUGGGCUGAAGUGGAGGAUUGCGUUCGUCGUGGCAACUGGUUGGUGCUGCAAGGAUUCGCCCACCUUCGUUCCAUGGUUAACAACGUGCGAGUCUUGCUGGAACAUCUGGCUGUAGAUAACAUUUCGGCUGAAUUCAAAUUGUUCAUCCUCUGGGAUGCGUUUGAUGACGAAGAUGAUGACGAUGGGAUCACAUCGGCCGAACGCAGACGAAGACAACUACCGAAGCUUCUUAUGGAAAAUUGUCAAACCGUCUACGUCGAGCAUGUCCACACUAUGGAAGAUUGUUUUCAGGAAUUCAUCCGUUCUUCGGAUUUCGACCGGCUGAUGAACGAUCCUCUGAGGGCGUGUGCCAGUUACCCGCUCAAAAUAAAAACGGCCGCUCUAUUGCUGGUCCUCCGUUUGGUCGUGUGGGACCGUUGGGACUGUCUGGUGCCUCUCGUUGAAUUGUGGCAAACUGCCAAACAAAUCGCCACGUUGACCUCCGUUAAAAAUCACGACUGGGCCGCCACGUUUCAUCGAGUGACCAUCGGCAACUUGGAAGAGUACGUUCCUUCCCAGUACCGCCAAGAAUUCGUCUGCCGCUUCCUUCCGGACUUGGUCAGCGGCUGCCGGACCGGCUACAAGCGAGCCGUCGAUCAGCUGAUGGACACCUGGUCCUCCAAUUUAACUUUACCUUCCAACGAUUUCCCAUUGAUUUUCGAAUGUCUCGUCGAUCCCCAAAAAGAAACUCGGAGACAGACGCAAUUAUCGGACUGUCUUUGGCUUCAAUUAGUUCGCGGUUUCGGCCAAUCUGCACCCCGCCAUCCGAUGGACCUCACCACAACAGAUGACGAAGAUGACAACACAUAAAUCGCCACCCAAACAAAAUUAUUUUUUAUUUUCGCCAACUUUUAUUGCCAUUUGAACGUUAGUCAGAUGUUGGUAAGAGGACGUGUCACGGCCUCGGGCUCUUCAGCGUUCGUACCUUGCGAUGUCAGUCUCCCUUCUCUUUGAAAAUAACUGAUUGUGUUGACGAAAGAAGAGGCGCCUUCGCUAUAUCCUUGUUCGCAGGUGAGGUGUAAAAUCGAGUCGUUGAACCGCAACUCGAAUUGUGUAUUCAAACAGCCACGCCCUCGUCACACAAUUGAAGGGAGGGUAGGCGACGUCACAUUUUCCUUCAAUCGGCAAAAAAGCCAUCAAAAAGAAUGACAAUACAAUUGUGCACUGUCAGAUCAA